AUGACAGUGAUUGAGGGCAUUGGUGAUGAAGUAAUUAAUUUUUUUAUUUUAAUUGUUGCAAUACUUAUUGGAAUAAUUGCAUGGUGGUCUACGGAUAUAUCUGAGAGACCAUUAAUGAGAACAGUUCUAAUAUUAGAACGUAGAACUGCUAGGCAUACAUUACCUGAUGGUCAGAAUACAUUAGGAGAAAUUAGAGACCCUAAUGAUUUACCUUCAGAACCCAAUCAGCUUGAGACAGAAAGGAAAUCAUCUCAGUCUGAAAGAGAAAUAAACAACUCGAUGGAAAUGAAUUCAGAAGAGCAGUGUAAUAAUUUAAAUAUUAAUUCCGAAGGCAUAGAAAGUGCCAUGUCAAGUCCUGAAGAAACAAAACCUAGUAUAGCUGAAGGUAAUAAUGAAUGCUCCAGAAUUUCCAAUGAAGAAGGUGAAGUAUUUACUGUUAAAAAUCAAACCAAUCAGAAAAUAAAUGCUAAAGAAGAAGUAGUCGAAGAAUCAUUAUCUGAUGGUUUUACCUAUUUAGAAAAUUCAGAAAUUGAAAGUUCCACAUCGAAUGAAAAUAUAUUAAAUUCUUCUAAUGAAGGAAAUAUUAGGAUUAAACUAAAAUAUCUUAAUGACGACCAAAAAUUGGUUGAAGGAAAAUUACAGGAACCUUUGGGAGAUUUUAAAAGGAGGCAUUUUAAUUUAGAAUUAUCUGGAAGAAAAUUAGUUAGGCUUAUAUUUAAUGGUAAAGUAUUGCAACAAGAUUCAACAACUCUUCAAAAUUAUGGAUUUUUCGACAAUUGUGUUGUACAUUGUCUCGUUCAUCAACCUAGAACUCCACCUCCUUCACCUAAUUUAAAUAGACCUAGAGACACCCAAAAUCAAAAUGAAGGUCAUAAUCACUGGGAUUUAGGAAAUAUAUUUUUUGCCAGUCUGAGUUUUUUACUCGGAUUAGCUUGGUAUGGAAGAUAUCAGUAUGCGCAGUUGUAUACAGCCACUACAACUGUUGCCUUAAUCGGAUUAACCGGAAUGUUCACAAUAUCUUUAAUCGGAAUGUAUAUGCCUGAUGUUGAUGGCAUAAGAACAUAA